AUGGCAUCCACACUGUCCGGCGGAAGCUCAACGAUGAUGUAUCAGCCUAACGUGACUUGCAUCGAGGAUGCUCACGCCGCUCAUCACAGGCAGAGCAGAACAUCCGACAUCAGUCAUUCUCGGUCCGUCUCCUCCACCUCUUCUACCUCGCCCAACUCCACCACUCGAUUCUCCAAAGCUAGUCGAUUCGUUCAUGGUCUGCAGACUUUUGUCGGUGGACUGGCGAUGAGUCAACCUCGAUUCGGUUCCGCGUCUGCCCUUCCGACAUCUCAGACAUCCAUCUUCUCUUCCAACAUGUCCGGCGCAACCUCCCCAGCAGCUUCGUCGCCAACUACGAGCGGGUCUGGACCGUCGAGCGUCAUUUCCAACGAGUAUGCUCAUCAGCUUGGCCUCGCACCGCCGCUUCAAGCGCAUCAAAAAGCUGCUGCGUCGUACCACCCAGAAGAUGUCCGCAAGGCGCCAGCUGGCGUCUCACCGGGAUGGCACGUCGGCGGGGUGGAGAAUGGUAUGCAAGCAUGGGCCGCGACGCCGCUCAAGGACGACGAUGGAUGGUCUCCCUUGCAAAGUCUCAUGGCUCAGAGAGCGGCCGAGCAAGCUUCUUUCGAAGCAGCAGCAACUGGCCAUUCUGCGCCUAAUGAAGGUCAAGCGAUGAGUGCACCUCACAAUGAAAGCAUUUUGGAAGAGACGCCGCGCACAAGCAUGAGCGUGGAUGAUGCGGAUUGGAGAUUGCACGCGCGGAGCGAUAGUCACAGUCAUCUCAACACUUUGCCGCCUCUACGCAAUCUCGGAGCCAGCGCUGCUACUUGCGCUACCGGCAGCUCGGCUCACGCACAGGCUGGUCGCGCUCAGCCCGAAGAAGGUUACGCAGCUUUGGCCAGCCCAGCACCUUUGCUUCAGCACGCCCAGGACAUGGAGCGCGAGGCAUCUAUGAGAUCCUUCGCCACAGACUCUAG